AUGGAACAAAAUAUUGCGUUGUUUUUAUUUAUUAAUAUUUCAACUUAUAUACUAUUACCUUGGAUAUGUUACUUUUACAAUGACAUGAGCCCUCUAAAUAUAUAUUUUGAAGAAAAAUGCAAUUUUAUUAGAAAAUUAAAUACUAGAAAUUAUAGAUUAUUAACAAAACAUAAACACGAUAAGGAUUCAUGUAUUGCAAAAUUUAAAGAAGAGACUCCAAAUAAUGAAGUGAAAGAGAAAAGAUAUAAAUCUAAUAAUAAAAGAGGAACAGACGGAAAACACAAACAAUCAUGUAGACGUUCAUUAUAUAUUAAGGAAUACGAUAGAAAUGUUGAGAAAAAUAAAUGUGUUAUACCUAAAACAAAAAAAUAUUUCGAUUUUGAAAGAAAAAUAUUUAAAGAACUUGAUUAUGAAGAUUACGUUAAAAAUAGCAAAAUUAUUGAAUAUAAAGAAUAUAAAAAACUAGCACGUAAAAAAUGCAGAAUACGAAUUGCUUUACUUUUGUUAUUUAUCUUUAUAUUGAUACUACCGAUAUUAGAUCUUUCAUUAGAGAAAUUAGUAAGUGGUGGAUUAUUGGGUUUAUUACACUUGUUAUACCCAUCUCCAACUGAUGCUCAGAUUGCUCCUGGUGUAGAUGGGCUUCUGAAUACACUGUUAAGCAAAGAAGGAUGGGGUAAUUUACAAAAAAUAUUUGCAUCAACUACAUUCAUUUAUGGUGUACCAUUUCUUAUAUUUGUUGUUAUAUUUGUAUUAGUGAUGAUAUAUUACUACAAAAAAGUUAUAAAAUAUGAAAAUAUUAAGUUCAGAAAAAGAUCGAAUAAAAAGUAA